CAACGGCGACGGAGGACCCAACUCGGCGAAGGAAACCCAGCACGUCAUAACUCCCAAGUGCUGUAUCGCAUCUCAUUGAGCGUCUAGCGUCUACCGAUUCCAAUCAUGGCUGACGCCCAGAAAGAUGCGCCGUUCAAGACGGUGCAAGUGGAGGCCCUCGUGGCGAUGAAGAUUGUCAAACACUGCUCCUCCAACUUCCCAACCACUGCGACAGGCUCCAUUGUCGGUCUGGACAGCAACGGCGUGCUCGAAGUGACCAACUCGUUCCCGUUCCCCAUCGUCGAGACCUCCAGCACAGACAGCCACCCAAAUGAUGCGUCUAGCCUUGCCGCUGCUGCUCCCCGGGCGAAGGCAAACAUCACAUACCAAAACGAGAUGAUCAGGCAUUUGAAGGAGGUCAACGUUGACGCCAACAACGUUGGGUGGUACACUAGCGCCACCAUGGGCAACUUCAUCAACCUCGGCUUCGUCGAAAACCAGUACCACUACCAGCGCGACAACGAUAGGACUGUUGCGCUCGUCCACGAUGUCAGCCGCAGCUCGCAGGGCCCGUUGACUCUACGUGCCUUCAAGCUGUCCAACACUUUCAUGGCAGCUUACAAGGAGGGCAAAUUCACGACGGACAGCCUCCAGAAGUCAAAGCUGUCCUUCAAGGACAUCAUCGUCGAAUUUCCCGUCAUCAUUCACAACUCUCACCUCCUCACUUCCUACCUCCACCAGAUUCCCGCCCCUCCCGAGUCUGCCGAAGUACCUCUCCCCGCCUCGCUGUCCGACAUACGGCGUGACCCUGUCGAGCCGCCUCCGAACCCGUCGCUCGACUCACUCGACGUCUCCAUCGACCCGUUCCUUGAGAAGACAUGCGACCUGCUGUUGGAAAGCAUCGAGGCCCAUUACACGGAUCUCAACAAUCACCAAUACUACCAGCGGCAGCUAGCACGUGAACAGGCCAAGAUCACGGCAUGGCAGACAAAGCGCAAGGCGGAGAAUGCGGCACGAGCGGCCGCGAAGCAACAGCCGCUCCCCGAGGACGAGUGGCAGAGACUUUUCAAGCUUCCCCAGGAGCCAAGCCGGCUCGAGGGUAUGUUGAACGCGAGGCAGGUUGAGCAGUAUAGCAGACAGGUGGAUGGCUUCACAGCCAACAUUACUGCGAAGAUGUUUGCUGUUCGGGGCAACUUGCUACCCGAAUAGGUCACAGCGGCAGCCGGGUGUACUACACGGACGAGGAUGAAUAUCUCGGGGUUAAUGGCAUUGGGCUCGGCGUUCGGGUGAUGGACUCGGUCAACCCUCCAAGAGGUUCAGGUGCCGUCGAGUGAAGACGGGCUUGCACUGUAUACAGAUGAAGAGAAUUGGAGCAAGGUGAAAACAACCUACUUGUAUUGAUUGCAGUCCAUGACCCUCCCCCCGCCAACCCCCUUACGGCGUAGAUUUGGUAUAUCCGGCCCGUAGCCUUCGGGUUCUCCCGUUCUUCGGAAUUUGGCAGAGGGCUGGCUGCCCAGGUAACUGCCGCCGAGGGAUUUGAGAGGGGCAUGGUGGGGGCUUUGCUAAAAUAGGCUUAGCUCUUAUCCCUUCUCUCACCGCUGUGCAAAACUGUUGAUCAAUCCCCCACCUUUUUGAACCUUUCCAACC